UCAACGGAAAAAGCCGAAGAUGUCGGCUUGGUCAUGUGAUCAGCUGUCUGUCACUGACAGCUCGGCACUGUUGAUCAGUGUGCCCUGAUGCUCAGUGUAGCCCCAGCAGUGCCACCUGUCAGUGCCCAUCAAUGCCAGCUGUCAGUGCUCAUCAAUGCCACCUGCCAGUGCCCAUCAGUGCCUCAUCAAUGCCACAUAUCAGUGCCUACCAGUGCGCAUCAAUGCUACAUAUCAGUGCUCAUCUGAGCUGCCUUUCAGUGUCACCUAUCAUUGCCAGUCAGAAAAACCUAUCAAUGCCAGUCAGU